AUGAAUUAGAAUAAAUUAUAUGAACCUAAGGUUUGCGAAAAGGAAUAAAAACUUUAUAAUAUGAAAUAAGACAGCUAUAAAAAUAUAAAUAUUUUUGUUUGUUACGACUUAACAAAUAAAGCAUUGAUACCGUUGAAAUUUGCAAAAUAUUCAACCAAGAUAUAACCUGGUUUGUACAUAGUAGAAUUAGAAUUAAUAUAUUCUAGUGAAGAAUAGAAUGAUCCAAUAGAACUGGAAUACGUUUUUUCAAUUAAUGAAAAUGCAGUUGUUACUAAAAUGGUUGUAGAAUUAGGAGAAAUUAAAGUUUAUGGUGUAGUGAAGGAAAAGGAGGAAGCUAAAUAAGAGUAUGAAGAAGGUUUACAACAAGGAAAAACAAUGGCAUAUAGUGAAUAGGAUAUGAGAUUUCCUUAAAUAAAAAGAGUGAAAAUAGGAUAGCUUGCACCAAAUAAGCAAUUGAAAAUUACUUUUGAAUAUAUAUAACCUUUAGAAGUUUUUCUUAAUAAAUUUUGGAAAUUAGAUUUAUUCCCUAUUGUUGAUUAAAAUUAUGUAUCUUAGAAUAGAAAAACAAUGAUUGGUAUUCAUGACAUAGAGAUUUAUGAAUAUUUAAAUAGAUUAUUUAAGAUUAAUGAUUUCAAGUUUUAAUUUAGAUAAGAAAUUGAAGUGGAAAUAGAUUUUGGAUCACCUAUUACAUUUUGGAAAUCUCCUACUCAUAAACUGUAAUCAACAAAUGCAAAAUAAAGUGAAGAUGUUAAAUCUUAUGGAAAUAAUAAAAAAUUAAUACUUGUUUUAUAGGAUAUUCCUGAUAAUUAUGAACCAACGAAAUAAUUUACAUUACUUUUUUCUUCAGAUGAAAUUAAUCUACCUCGUGCCAUCCUAAGUCAUACCAAUAAUGAUGCCCUAUAAUAUUAAAAAUAUUGUGCUACCUUAACUUUUAUUCCAAAAUUUAAUGAGAUUUCUUUAGAUGAUGCUUAUACACAAUAUCUAGAUGGUUUAAGUAUAGCUGAAAAUCAAGUAAUGAAAAGAGGUAAUUACUUAUUUAUGAUUGAUCGAAGUGGUUCUAUGAGUGGAUCAAGAAUCAGAAAAGCUAAAGAAUCAUUAAUUCUGUUUCUAAAAAGUUUACCUUAAGAUUCUGAGUUUAAUAUAAUAUCAUUUGGUAGUGAUUUUUAAUCAAUAUGGAAAGAAUCCAAAAAAUAUUCAUAAACUACAUUAGAAACUGCAAUUAAGCAUGUUGAAUAAAUGGAUGCUGACAUGGGAGGAACUUAAAUUAUUACUCCAUUGUAGCAGAUGGUAUAUAAUAAAAGUUAUGGAGUCUCCAAAUUAACUACUUUGAAUGUAUUCUUGCUUACUGAUGGAGAGGAUUAAGCUGAUCCUAUUAUUAAUAUGGUUAAGAAUAAUAAUUUAGCACAAACUAGAAUCUACACUUUAGGAAUAGGUGAAGGAUGUAGUAAAUAUUUAAUAAAAAGGUUGGCUGAAGUUGGAAAUGGUAAAUAUCAAAUUGUUAGUGAUAGAGAGGAUAUUAAUGAGAAAGUAAUUGACUUAUUGGAAGAUUCAUUAACUCCAUAUUUACAAGCUUUUAAUUUAGAAUCUAAUAUAAAUAAUAUAGCCUAGAUCAUUCCAAAUCCAGAAUCAAUUAUUUGUUUGAAAAAAAAUUAGGAACUAACAAUCUAAAUUCUUUUCUCAAAUUAAUAAUAAUAGGAGAAUCUAGAGUUUAAGAUUAAUUGUUAUGAUCCCUAAAAUGAAAAACAGAUAUAAUAUUCAGUAAAAUUAAACUUAAAUUAAUCUUAAAAUAAUGAAUAUUUUCAUAAAUUGGCUACUUAUAAAUUUAUUACUUAUUUUGAGAACUCAAUAAAAUAUGGUUAAUAACAUGUGAAUUUUAUUAAACUUAAUAAAUAGGAUAUCAAUUCAAAAGAUAUUAUUAAUUUAUCUGUUUAACAUCAAAUACUGUGUUCUAAAACAGCAUUUGUUUGUGAAGUUUGUGAUUUAGAGGAUUAAUUUAAAUAAUAAAUCUAAUCAAAAGUAUAUUUAGUUUAACCUAAAUAAGUAAGGUCCGAUUCAAUUGAUAAAUAUAUAAUCAAGAGUUCAAAUUACAAUAUAUGUAGUUUGAAACUUAAUUAAAGUUAUUAAGGUCAAAGUUCAUCAGGUUGUUGUGGAGGAGGUGGUUCUUAAAAAAAUUAUGUCAAAUCUAACACAUAUUCUUUACCUCCUUAAAAACAAUAAGAUCUCAAAAAUUAAAGUUCAUUAUUAUAGCAAAAUUAAAUAGAUUAAAAUAUAGAUAAAACAGAUAAUAAUCAACUUACCUAUGAAUAAUUGAUCAAAUUUGCAUAAGCAGAUGGUAGUUUUAAAAUUAAUAAAAAUAUUUAAUCUAUUAUCAAUUUUAAGAACCUGAAAAACCAUUAAAAUCUAACAGAUGAUGUUUGGUUUACCUUCCUUAUUUUAUUAUAUUUAGAAAAUAAUUUUAGUCAAUUUAAAAAAUCAUGGUAGUUAGUUUAUUAAAAAGGAAUAUCAUAUUUAAAAUAAAAUGGAAUAGAUUUCAAAGCAAAGAGAAAUGAAUAUAAAAUAUGA